GUUACGAUGUUAAUCAAACCUCGUAGAUUAUAAGAGGUCUUAAAAAUAGUAAAUCUUCAGGUAACCUAAAUAAAACCCGUUAAAAUGAAUGUGAAGAAAGCCCAUUUGGCAAUGUUCGGGAUAACGAUCGGUAUAAUAAUAGGCUGCAUGGCAAUAAUCACGAUAUUUGUCGGCUUCAAACACGAGAUGGUCAAGUUCAAAACCAUGUUGGUGAGCAUGGUGAUAGUGCUGAUGUUCCAAUUCCUGAUAGGGGAUCCCAUAAAAUUUGUGGUCCUGGCCAUCGACAGGACGUUCUGGCCGCCAAGUCUCUAUAUUCCACCGCGCAGCGAUAAAGGAAAGGAGCACGAUCGCAGGGAUUUCUUGAAGCAACGCCUGAGCAGCCAGAGAGCCAAUUUGGGUAUAUCGUCGCAGUAUAGAAACUGGAAACUAAACGAACAGUACAAGCUGAUCGCCCACGAUCUCUUCACCUAUGGCCAGUACUUCCUUUGCCUGAUGUGCAUGAUCCUGGUGACGCGCGAUGAGACCCUCUAUCACAAUACCCGCAUCAUCAAGGAACUGUUUAUGAACAAUCACACCGAUUAUACGGGCCUGAAGGAGGUAUACUUUCUGAACCAGUUGUACGACUUCAUUGAAUCCACGCUGGUCAUUGCAUUCAAUUCGAACUCGAGCGGUGGAACUGCCACCGGUUGGGCUCAUUCGGAGCAGACGGUUCUCCUGGGAGUGAUUCGACUGCGCCAGCUAAGAGUAAUCGAUCCGGAUAUCGGGCUGAGUCCACCGCAAUUCUCCGAAAUGUACUACAUGCCCGAUUGGCAACUUCCCUACCGAAGACUGCACUAUGCGGAUAAAUAUUGGCGCAUCUAUGAGCCCUGGAUACCCAUCACGGUGAGCUUCGAGUUCCUGGACGGCCUGCUCAUGAACUUCGAUCAUGUGGGCUCCCUCAACAGUUAUCCGGAGCUCUCCGGCUACGUCAGUCUGCUGGCCAGGAGCACGGCGAAUAGCAUGAAGGUGUUGGACUACCUCAGCGAAUACCACUGGCUGACCCUGAACACCUCGGCGGUGUUCAUCGACUUCACGCUGUACAAUGUGGACGUGAAUCUGUUCAGCAUAUGCACGUUGCGGCUGGAGAAGACCCCAUUCGGGGGCACCGUGCCGGACGUUCAGGUGGAGAGUGCCAAGCUGCUGGAGAAUGUGGACCAGAUGCCAUUCGUGGGGUUGCUGGCGCUGAUCAUCUAUGUGGUGGUGUUCAUCCAGUUCGCCCAGUCGCUGGCCAUCAAACUGUGGUACGAACCGGAAUUGCUGCAGAGCAUUUGGAACAAGUUGGACCUUUUCAUCUUUCUGCUGAAUGUGAUGGUGGUGGUGUUAGUGGUGCUACGCGAGGCCCUGGUGGCCAAUAUGAUGAAGAAGGUCGAGGGUGCCAGCAAGAUGGAGUUUAUUGACUUCAGGCGGCCGUCGCGCAUGCAUCAGUUGACCACGAUCACAAUUGGCUUCCUGAUAUGCAUGACCACGCUGAGACUGUGGCGGGUCAUGCAGUUCUCCAGUGUCUUCGAGCUGUUCACCAGGACCCUCUAUUUGGCCUGGGCCGCGGUGGCCAGCACGGCCAUUGCCAUCGUUAUUUUCCUCAUGGGCUUCUGCUUCGCCGUGGUCACCAUAAACGGAAAUAAUAGCAACAACUUCAAUCGGUUUGUCAAGAGCAUGGUGAUGUGCAUGUGCUUUUCGUUUGGAUUUAGUGCCCAGGUCAAGCCAUCGGAAUUGUUCCAUGGUGGCAAAUGGCUGGGCAUUCUCCUAUACGGUGUCUUGGCCUUCGUCAUCAUCGUGCUGCUGAUAAAUGUCUUUGUGUCGCUGAUCAAUGAUUACUUCACCAUUGCCAAGACCAUGAGGGACUCGGAGAAGGAGCAUCGGAUCAAUUUCUUUGAGUUUCUGCGCAUUGAGUUCUCGGGCUUCUUUAAUUUCAUCCACAAUUUGCCCUGCUGCCGGCGAAAUUACGUCCGUAACAGGCGCACGGUGGCGGAGAAUGUGAGCCGGAAACUGAAAGCCAUUGAUGCCAAGACCAUGAUGCAACAGAGGCAACGGCGGGGCUAUCAAGAGGCUCACCGACAAACGGACGAAGAGGCCGAGGUGGUGUACAAAGAUCGUGGCGAAAGGAUAAUCAACGUGGGCAAUAUCCUGAACACCCAGUUAACCCUGCUCAGCAUGCUCCUGUUCGACGAUGAUGAUGUAGAUGAAGUUCAGCCGGAAACCCAGGAGUCCAAAGAGGCUGAGGAGAACGAAAAGUCCAAAGACAAGGAUCAAGCAGAGGCCUAAAAGGUGGAUCUAGUUGUUAACUUUUAACAGAACAAGUUUAUUAUUUGUUAAAUUGGGUGCUUUUGUAAAUUCGUUGAUUGAAUAAAGAAGAAUCAGUGUA